UUUUAAUCAGUAUUUUAAUAUUUGUCUAUUACGAUAAUUAAUGUUGUAUUAAUCUGAAAUAAAAUUUUAUUCAAUAACAAGAUAUUUAAUAUUUUAUAUUUCGUAUUACAUAGAAACAAUUGUACUUAUGUACAAAAAAGUUUAGUAUUGAAAAACGAAAUAUUUUAUCAAUAUAAAGAUAUGGAUAUUGAUGAGGAAAAAGUGAUUGAAUAUCGUAUAAUGAAUGCAUGUACAAUGGGUCAAUUAGAAAUUAUUAAUGAAUAUCUUGAAUCAUAUGAUAUAAAUAAAUUUUUAUACAAUGGAUGGACUCCACUUCUGUAUGCUACAUCUAGUGCACAAUUAGAAGUUAUUAAAUAUCUUGUAAACAAUAAAGCUGAUGUCAAUAAGCAUAAAGAUGGUUAUACACCAUUAAUGGCAUUAUGCAGUUCUAAUAAAGGAACAAUAGAACAACGUAUAAAAUGUUUAACAAUAUUAAUUGAAGCAGGUGCUAAUGUAAAUGCAAGCAAUAAACAAAGACAAACCCCUCUAAUGUAUGCUUGUAUGUCACAAGAAUUAAAAUUUGUACUAGAAUUAAUUAAAUAUGUAAAAAAUAUUAAUGCAUAUGACAAUAGAAAACAAACUGCAUUGAUGUAUGCAACAAUAGCUAAUAAACCAGAAAUAGUCAAAAUAUUAAUAGAAAAUAGAGCAGAUAUCACAUUAACUGACUUCAAUGAUUUAACUGCAAAUGACAUAGCUUCUAUGAAAGGAUAUGAUAAAAUAUCAUCAUUAUUGAACUUUGAUGAAGCAGAAAUGGUACCUACUUAUCAAAUAUCUAAAAUAUGUGAUUGGAAAGAUAUGUUUCCAUCGUUAAUUAACAUAAAUAAUCAAACUGUAGAUUUUGAUAUAUUUACAAUUUUACAUGGAAUGGGUUUAGAACAAUAUACUUAUAUUUUUCAAGGAAUAAAACUUACAGAAUUUUUAAUGUUAACUGAAAACGAUUUAUAUCAUUUAGGAAUGGAUAUUAAUGUACAUAGAAUUCAAUUUAUGGAAUGUCUUCAUAAAUUUCAUAGGAAAAAAUGGAGUAUACAAAGUAUUGGUAUUAUCAAUAAAUCAUUACCUUAUACAUUGUAUGAUGGUGUAGUUUCAUUAGGUAUAGUAUCUAAACAAAUUGCUAUUAUUGGUUCUAGUUUUCAGUAUAUUAAAAAUAGUUUAUUAAAAGCAAAUAAUGAAAACAUAUAUUUAACUAAAAAACAAAUAUCUAAUUAUAAGCAAGAACUUAAAAAGACUCAAAAAAUUCUUAGUUCUUUGAAAAAAGAACUUGUACAAGUAAAAAUACUUUCUAAAAAGAUUCAAGAAAAAAGUAAUGAUAUUGGUAUGCCAGCAGCAUAUAUUGGUCCAAAAAAAUAUAAAAUAAAUUGGCUUAUGUUUUUAAGUAUUACAUUAAUUAUGGGAGUUUAUAUAUCUAAAACAAUUUGCAUUCAAAAAUUGAUACAUCAUUAAAAAUACAAUUGUAUUUAUUUAAAAUUUUUAUAUAUAAUUUUUUUUAGUAUUUUUUCUUUUUUCAAUUUCACUAAUAAAUUAUUUGUCAAUAAUAUUAUUUUUUAUGAAUAUAGAAAAUAGUUAUUAAAAUUCAUAUAUGUAUUUUUUAUGUAGUAUAAAUUUCACAAAUUUUGUUCAUUUAAAUUGACUAAUUUUUUCAUUAAUGGAAAUAAUGGAUGGAAUGUUGGAAGAUUCUGUUGUCUAACUGUUAAUUGAUAACGUUCUAAUGAUCCACUACAAAAAGCUAAUCGAUCUCUUUCAUUUGGAUGCUUAUCCAUCCACU